UCAAUUGCAUAAAAUUUUCUCCCAACCACAUAAUAUUUUCAUGGCAAAAAAAAAAGAAACAGUAAACUUCAACUUCAACACAACAUGGCCAUCUUUCUCUCCCUCCUUUUAAAAACCCCAUCUCCUACGCUCUUCAUAACAUAACCUCUCCUCCUCACUAAGCUCACCCGACAAAACAUUCAUUCAACCCACCUAGCCAUCUCUCUCUCUCUCUGGUGGCCAUGGGGGCACGACACCGCUUCGAGCCAAUUUCUAGAUGUAGCACCGAGGGAAGAUCAAGCCAAACCGUUGCAGCAGACCUUGAUGGCACACUCCUUGUGUCACGCACUGCCUUCCCUUAUUACAUGCUUGUUGCAAUUGAAGCCGGCAGUCUUCUAAGAGGCCUAGUUCUGUUAGCAUCCGUCCCGUUCGUCUAUUUCACCUACUUGUUUUUAUCCGAGACCAUAGCAAUCAAAACCUUCAUCUUCAUUACAAUUUCUGGCCUUAAAAUGAAGGACAUUGAGAUGGUGGCAAGGUCUGUGCUGCCCAAGUUUUAUGCUGAAGAUGUUCAUCCAGAGACUUGGAGAGUUUUCAAUUCAUUUGGCAAGCGUUACAUAGUCACAGCCAAUCCCAGAAUUUUGGUUGAGCCUUUUGUCAAAAACCUCUUGGGUGCUGAUAAGGUUCUUGGCACUGAAUUGGAGGUGUCAAAAUCUGGGAGGGCAACUGGGUUCGUGAAAACACCAGGUGUUCUUGUUGGAGAGCUCAAAAGAGAGGCCAUUCUCAAGGAGUUUGGUACAAACUUGCCUGAUUUAGGCCUGGGAGAUAGAGAGACUGAUCAUGAUUUCAUGUCCCUUUGCAAGGAAGGGUACAUGAUCCCAAGAACCAAAUGUGAGCCAUUGCCAAGAAACAAGCUUCUGAGCCCAAUCAUAUUUCAUGAGGGCAGAUUGGUCCAAAGACCUACCCCCAUAGUUGCCCUAUUGACCUUUCUUUGGCUGCCAAUUGGUAUUCUUCUCUCCCUCCUCAGAGUCUACACAAACAUCCCAUUGCCUGAGAGAAUUGCAAGAUACAACUAUAAACUCCUGGGAAUUAACCUAAUUGUUAAGGGCACCCCUCCCCCUCCCCCCAAGAAAGGUCAAAGCGGGGUCCUAUUCAUUUGCAACCAUCGUACGGUUUUAGACCCCGUUGUCACAGCAGUUGCAUUAGGAAGAAAAAUCAGCUGUGUCACAUAUAGCAUAAGCAAAUUCACUGAACUGAUUUCUCCGAUCAAGGCCGUGGCUCUGUCGAGGGAGAGAGAGAAAGAUGCUGCAAAUAUCAAGCGUUUGCUGGAGGAAGGAGACUUGGUGAUUUGCCCUGAAGGCACCACUUGCAGAGAGCCAUUUCUGCUGAGGUUUAGCGCCCUGUUUGCAGAGCUCACUGACAGAAUUGUGCCUGUUGCCAUUAACACAAAGCAAAGUGUGUUUUAUGGGACGACAGUUAGAGGGCACAAAUUGCUGGACCCUUACUUUGUGUUCAUGAACCCUAUGCCUACUUAUGAGAUCACCUUCUUGAACCAGCUGCCUGCAGAGCUCACAUGCAGAGGAGGGAAAUCUGCCAUUGAAGUUGCAAAUUAUAUUCAGAGGGUUUUGGCUGGGACUUUAGGUUUUGAGUGCACCAAUUUGACCAGGAAGGACAAGUAUGCUAUGAUGGCAGGGACAGAUGGCAGAGUUUCAUCACCCAUCAAGGAAAAGGAAAAGGAAAAGGAAAAGCCAAAGGCCUAAUUAAGAAUGGGGAUAUCAAGUUUAUUAGUUUAAUUACCCCAUGAGAUUGAUGAUCAAAUUCUCUACUGUUUUCCAAUAUGUUCAAAACUUGUUUUUUUUUUUUCAUAAUAAUGAAACUGAUUGUGAUAAUUAUCA